GGAAAAAAGAAGGAAUUGUAGAACUCUUCAGACGUUCACAUGCUAGCUAUACAAUUUAGAACAGCUCGCUCUUCAGUUCAAAGGCAACAGGUUCUCCUCCUUGCCCUUCUAAGAAUCUCCCAACACCGUGGUGGUCAGUCCAUGUGAUUUUGUCCCAAAAGGUUCAAAGCUGUUUUUCUAAAGGCACAAUGCAGAUUUGCUGGAUCAUAGCUCUAAUCCUCCCCCUUGUGGUCAACUCUGUCACUGCUGAGACAGCUAACUGUGAGGACAUUUUCAAAACUGGCCACACCCUCAGCGGUGUGUACACCAUCUUCCCCUCUGGACCCAGCAUACCUGUGCAGGUGUACUGCGACAUGGGAUGUGGCAGUAACCAUGUCCAUGACGAAGGCAGGUGGACGGUGAUCCAGAGGAGAAUGGAUGGCACAGUGAACUUCUACAGGCCCUGGGAUCAGUACAAGAAGGGAUUUGGGAACCAGGAUGGAGAAUACUGGCUGGGACUGGAGUGGCUGCACCAGCUCACCAGGAAGAAGGCGUACGAGCUGAGGGUGGACAUGGAGGACUUUGAGGGGGGGCAGGUCCACGCCCAGUACUCCUCCUUCUCUGUGGCCUCAGAGGCCGACGGCUACCAGCUACAGGUGUCUGGAUACAAAGACGGGGGAGCAGGGGACGCCCUCAUUUAUCACAAUGGAAGGAAGUUCACCACCUUUGACAGGGAUCAGGAUCUGUCUUCCUCUGAGAACUGUGCUCUGUUUUACUUCGGGGCCUUCUGGUACAAAAACUGCCACCACACCAACCCCAACGGGCUCUACAUGUGGGGCGCCCACAGUCGCUUUGGCCAUGGGGUUAUCUGGAACGAGUGGAAAGGGUUUCAUUACUCCCUGAAAUCCAUCACCAUGAAGAUCAGACCAGUGUCUUAGUGAUGAUGAUGGUGGUGUUGAUUAUGCUGAUGAAUGUACUGUAUGUGUUGCAUAAUUUUGAUUUUUUAAAUAUUUUUUGUUGUUAUUAAAAUAAGUUGAGUAAUUAUAUGGAAAUAUGAAGUAUUAGUCAUGUUCCCACAGACUUACUCAAUGGAGGAGUGCCAUAUGGCUAUGUUCAAGACAACUUGAAUCCUACAAAGGUUUCUUUUUUUAGGAUCUGAAGUGUCUUGAACAUACCAGUCACAGUGGCACUGAGGUACAAAGUAGAAGAAAGUGAAAUAAGGCUACCUCUCAUUUUUUUGUGUAUUUAUCUUGUGCACAGCCACAACAUGGGCACUUGACAUUGCUUGGUUAACAGUGCAUAAUGUUUAUAUAAUAAACUUUGCAAAUGGGUGUGUGAGGGAGAGUGAUCAUUUCAGAGA